UUACAGAUGGAGCAGUGAGUGGUGUGGUGCACAGACAGGGUUGAGUAUCUAAUGCCGGUGUAUUUAUCAGCGCCAUUCACACUUCUUUUGAUUUGUUUUUUGGAUUAUCGUUGGUUCAGCAUCAUCCUUCCAACAACUAGGCCUAACCUUGUACAUCCUGACUGAAGGUAAACACAGGGUUCGUACGGUCAUGGAAAACCUGGAAAAGUCAUGAAUUUUUUAAACGGUCAUUUCCAGGCCUGGAAAAGUCAUGGAAAAAACUUAAAUCAUCAAAGUUUCGGAAAAGUCAUGGGAAUUUGUUAUAAUCACGUGUUCAUUUAGGCCGAGUUUGAAAUAAUUAAUGUGAUUUUUAAAGAAAGACGCUCAAAAUAUAAGCCGGCGUAUGCAAUCAAUACGCAAAAUUUUCACAAUUGUUCAGGUUUAUACCGAGAUUUCAGUUUGGUCAUGGAAAUUUGGUGAAAAGUCCUGGAAAUCCAUUGGUCAAAAUGCGUAAUAACCCUGUAAACAACAUAACCCGCCACUUUGCUGUCUGCCUGAGGUUAGAGAAGUGAGCUUUUGAGUCCCUGGAAUGGCUAGACGGAUCUAUAUCGAUGCGAGUCAAUGGCGUAGAAAAGCUCCUUAAGCUACGAGCUAAUGGUCCCAGUUAUUCAGACUCAGACAGCAGAAGACGGAGGCUGCACUCUGCAACAUUCCUAUAUAUGCCUGUUUAUUAACCGUGUGAGACGGAGCAUUUGCUGGGCAACAUUAUGCUUCCUCAUCAAAUUGUUCCAGGCUCAGGUGGCAUUCCUACAGGGCGAGAGGAAAGGGCAGGAGAAUAUGAAACAGGACCUGGUGAGGCGGAUCAAGAUGCUGGAGUACGCCCUCAAACAAGAGCGGACUAAGCACCAGAAGCUGAAGGCGGGCACCGACCCGAGUCCCGGAGACAAGAAACCAGAGACAGAAGCCGACCAACUUCCCAAUGGGCCGGCUGAGUCGGACUCUGAGCCAGCCAAUCAGAUGUCCUGGAAAGAGGGCCGUCAGCUACUACGCAAAUAUCUUGAAGAAGUGGGUUAUUCAGACACCAUCCUGGACAUGCGAUCCAAGCGCGUGCGCUCGCUGCUCGGGCGGAGCAGCCCGGAGGCCAACGGGCCUCCGCCCAGCGAAAUCAUCCCCGAGCCCGAGCCCCGGGGGGGCGGAGAGUCGAUGCUGGUCCGACAGAUCGAGGAACAAAUCAAGAGGAACGCGGGCCAGGAGAGCUCCAAAGAACGUCUGGGCGGCUCGGUGCUCGACAAGAUCCCCUUCCUGCACGGCUGCGAGGACGACGACGAAGACGACAGCGACGAGGAGGACGACUUCCAGGGCAUGGCCACGGACUGCGUCGACUCCCCGCGGAAGAACAAGAAGUCUCGCGUAAAGAUGGCCUCGGAGCCCAUGACCACGGACCUGGACCCGGAGGACGACGACGACGAGGACGAGGAGGAGGAGGAGGAGGAGGAGGAGGACGAAGACGACUCGGAGGACGCCCUCUGCGAAUUUGACUUCCUGGGCUCGGGGGAGGAGGGGGAGGGGGCGGGCGAGGCCCGGAUCUCGGGGGACGGACGGGAGUUAGAGAACCGCAGGAACAAGUUACAAGGCAUGAUGUCGGACUUCCCCCCGAAGCCCACCCCGCCCCCCUCCGCAUCGGGACAAGCUCGCCCCGGGGAAGGUGGCGCCCUGGGUUUCUCCUCUGACGUCUUCAUUAUGGACGCCGUCGGAGGAGGAGGAGACAUGAACCUGGGCGAACUGGCCGACCUCACCGUCGCCAAUGACAACGAUCUCUCCAUGGAUAUGCAAGACAACAGAGACGAGUUCAAGAAGACGUGGAACCCUCGCUUCACACUGCGCAGCCACUUUGACGCCAUCCGCGCGUUGACCUUUCACCCCAGCCAAGCGGUGCUGCUCACGGCCUCCGAGGACGGCACGCUGAAGCUGUGGAACCUCAACAAGGCCAUGCACUCUAAAAAGAACGCGGCGUUGGACGUGGAGCCCAUCUACACGUUCAGAGCACACAGUGGGGCGGUCCUCUCGCUGACCAUGGGCGUGGACGGAGAGUCCUGCUACAGCGGGGGUCUCGAUGGAACGGUCCGAUGUUGGAAGAUGCCGGACCUCAACGUGGAUCCUUACGAUAACUACGACCCCGGCAUCGAGAGCAGCGUGCUCGCCGGCCACGAGGACGGCGUGUGGGCCCUGGCGUACUCGGAGGUCCUCUAUCGCCUCGCCUCGUGCUCCGCCGACGGCACCGUUCGCAUCUGGGACCCUCAGAACUCGGCGCCCUGCCUGUCGGUCUUCAACAAGGAGAGAGAGCACGGAACGCCCACCUCGGUGGCCUUCGUGACUACGGACCCCAACCAGGUGGUCGUGUCCUUCGACGCCGGCGAGACGAUGCUCUACGACCUCAACACGGGGCAGAGCGUCACAUCCCUGGAGACGCAGACCAAUGACGGCAGCGAGCUCAUCAACCGCGUGGUCAGCCACCCGUCUGAGGCCGUCUCCAUCACGGCACACGAGAACCGAACCAUCCGCUUCCUCGACAACAAGACGGGUAAGGUUGUGCACUCAAUGGUGGCUCACCUGGACGCCGUCACCUGUCUCACUACGGACCCUAAAGGCACUUACCUCAUCUCUGGCAGCCACGACUGCUCGGUGCGCCUGUGGAUGCUGGACAACAGGACGUGCGUGCAGGAGAUCACGGCUCACAGGAAGAAGCACGACGAGGCCAUCCACGACGUGGCCUUCCACUCCUCGCAGCCCUUCAUCGCCAGCGCCGGCGCCGAUGCACUCGCCAAGAUCUUCGUCUGACCUGAGUCCUAUAAAAACCAGUGGACCAAAAGAGACUGAAGUGGACAACCGAUUACACACACACACACACACACACACACACACACACACACACACACUCACACAAACACUUGUCCUGCACCCCACUGGCUGGGUCAUCGCCACAGGACGCCUCCUCUCUUCCGCUCUCCUCCGAUGCCUCAGUGACUUCUUGUAAUACGACUCAUAACGCUCUUUUAUACAAACCCCCCCGCUGCUCCUUUUUUCUCAAAAUAAUCAUAUUUGGAAUAACACUUUUCUACACUACGAUAUUCCGUUCUGCUUUCCGACACUUAUCACAAACCCACAUGUGUGUGUUUUUGUGCGCUCGGACUGCCGUCGCACUAAAACCACCGCACGACUAAGAACCGUUAUCUUUCCCAGUGUCGGCAGAAAACACCUGACCAACCCCUGCACUGGGAAUCAAUGUAUUACAUUCCAAAGACUCUCUGUGUGUGUGUGUGUGUGGGACUGUGUGUGUGUGUGUGUGACCAUUGGACAGUUGCAAACCAGUGAUGAACAAAUAGCUUUAAUUUCCACUUUAUGGCCAAGUCUCAUUGUGUGUAUGAACAUUAUGACGUCCCCCAUGAAGAUGAAACGUCCCCCUGCUGCACCACAUGAAUGAUCGUGUCCCCACCACCACGGUCCAGUUCUACGAUGUGCAGUUUGGACCCCGUGGACCGACUCGCCCUCAUGACACAUUAACCAGCCGGCGGUAGAUAUCACGAGAGUGCAGUUAAAGUCGGUUGAGAAGCCUUUCGCUGUACAGAAGAGUGUGUGUCUUUGUGUGUGUGUGUGUGUGUGUGUGUUCGUAUACGCACCCGGUUACAUCACGGUGCUAUGACAGACCUGGUCAGUCAGAGUCCGAAUCAGGGAGCGGUUCCGUGUGCUCGUGUGGCGAAAGAGAGAGAGGCUGUGUUUCUCAAUCUGCUUUUUUUUUACAUUUUAUUUUUUAACGACGUUUUCAACGGUUAAUCUUUUCAAUGGUCACAUUUAUUUUUAUUUUUAUGUAACUAUCACCGUCUCUCGUUGGAGGCGUGGAUAGUGCCGCCGCUGAUCGUUUUUGGAAUGUACGGAGCUGGUGGUGAUUUAUUUUUUGGACGAGAGCUGUUCAGAUUGUCUUUUUUCUUUCUUUUUUCAUCUUCGGAGGUCGGUGUCAGUUUGCGGGCAGGGCUUAGUUCUGGCUUGUUGUUAUUUCUUCAGGCUUUCCCAAAAAAUUUUUUAAAAAAAGCUUGCCACGUGUGUGUGUGUGUGUGUUUCGGUGAGGUUCCCUCGCCUUGUUUUUUCCCCCGACGUGCAUCGGUUGCACGGUAGCACAUUACCCCCCGAGGGCGAAUGACGGUCUCCUCUUUCUGAAGAGGGCUGGAGGAAGAAGAAAAAAAAGGAAGAGAGUCCAUUUUCAAUCCAGACACUUUUUUUGGUGCCAUUUCAGAAAAGAGAAAAAAAAGAAAUGGAAGAAAUAAUUGAUUGGAGAUGUUCGGGUGUCGGUUGAAUGAAACACGACUCCGCGGCUAAUCUGUCUCGCCGAUCCCUUCCGGUUCUGCUAUUUUGAGCGUAACCCUGAGGACAUUUAUUUGGCUGAGGUGGGAACAAUUGUUCCCCUUUUUUUGGGACGCCUCGGGUCUAUCGUCAGUUUAUUUCCUGCGUCUAAACUGACCUGACUUUUUUAAUCGUGUCGUAUUACCUGGAGAAGCCCGAUUAAAAAAAAAAUCUGGUGUCAAAAUGGUUAGUUCAGGGGACCCUGGAGAGGGGGAGGUCAAAGGUCAGAUUUAAGGGUUCAAAGUAGCCUGGAUGUAAACACUUCUUUCUUCUCAUCACUGCGGACACUAAGCAUUCAUAGUUCAGAUUUUUAGUUUUUUUCCUUAAACAGGAUGGCGGACUGUUUCCGGACGCGACUACAUUAUUGUUACCGCUCGCUGGACAUAACAUCCUGUUAUCACACGAACUGCCAUUUGACUCCACUUUGCACUACAUUUAAUUGUGGAUGCUCGUGGCGAGGAGUGGUUGCCAACAGGGUGCAGAAAUAACAGCGUGCAUGUAUUUCUUAUACAAUCCGAAUUAAAUACUACGAGGUGGGGGAAAAACAAACCUGCUGUGGCUCGCAGCUAUUUGAUAGUGAGAGUGACCGAGGGCCUCUUUCUGAGAAUAAAGACAAAUCAGUGUGACACGUCGGGAAGAGAAAUCAAAACAGAGGUUGUAGGUGAGGACUCGUGCUGUAGAUGCCCAUCGGUUCCUCGUUUUUCUUGCAUUUCUUUUCUUUUGAUUAUGAUUAUUAAGAUGUAAGAAUACUGUAGUGUCACGGGUGGAUCUUUCUUCCUCGCUGGGCAUAGAACUUGCUUGUGAUUGAUAAUGGCAAUGUUUAACUUGUAAAAAAACAAAAGAGAAAGAAAACGGUAAAAAAAAAAACGUGAAAAAUGUCAAAGAAAAAAAAAAUCUGUUUCCAGUCGGAGGCCAAGGUAAAAAAAAAAGGACUCAUUUCUUUGUUUUUAUUUUUUUAUUCGCAAUUUAUCACUGUGUGAUAUUUUGUACAUCAUAUUACGCUGUAUUCCAACUAUUUCCUCUCACUACAAGGGAUAAGAGACCUGCUUUUUAUUCAUUUUGUUUUAUUAUAUAUUUUUGAACUGCAUUCUAGCUCGUAUCAAAGGACUUUUCUCUUUUUGUUUACGGGUCCCCUGUCGUAUGUCAUAAAGGAAGAAAAAAAUAAAAAUGACAAUUUUUGUACAGCGAA